AUGGGAGAUGGUACCGUUGAUGCAGUCGUGGUCAAGUCAACACGGCGCAAGUCGCGCACCUCUACAGCAAGCAUCGCGUCCAACUCAAAACCACGGUCGUCACGGCGCACCUUGCGCAUCGUCCUUCUCAGCCUAAUAGCCGCCACACUGGCGAUACUUGCGCCUCUCGCCUUCCCUUCCGCAUUCCUGACCUCUGAACAGGUCUCUCAGGUGACGCACUUCUUCGAGCGUGCCGGGCUCGACGUUCUCUCCACCACAGACGUGCCCGCGUAUCCUCACCCGAGCAACGACGUCCCGCAAACAACCCCCCUCCGCGGCGGCCACACAAACAACUGGGCGGUCCUCGUUUGCACCUCGAAAUUCUGGUUCAACUACCGUCACAUUGCCAACACGCUCGGCAUGUAUCGCACCGUCAAGCGACUCGGUAUCCCUGAUAGUCAGAUCAUCCUCAUGCUGGCGGACGAUGCGGCGUGCAAUUCGCGCAACAAGCAUCCCGGACGGGUAUCUUCCUCGGCCCAAAAACUCGAUUUGUACGGGUCGAAUGUUGAGGUGGAUUACCGCGGGUAUGAGGUUUCCGUCGAAAACCUCAUUCGUCUCCUCACCGGCCGGUUGCCUGCGACGACCCCGAAGGGCAAGAGGCUGGACAGCGACGCACGAAGCAAUGUGUUGCUGUAUAUGACCGGUCACGGUGGAGAUGAAUUCUUGAAGUUUCAGGACAGCGAAGAGAUCAGCGCGGUCGAUAUCGCAGAUGCCCUCGAACAGAUGCAUCAAGCCCAUCGCUACCAUGAACUCCUCUUCAUCGUAGAUACCUGCCAAGCAAAUACCCUCUACUCGCGCAUCUACAGCCCCAACAUCCUCGCCACCGGCUCGAGCGAAAAAGGCCAAAACAGCUACAGCCACGGCGCAGACGACGAUCUCGGCGUCGCCAUGAUCGAUCGGUAUACAAACUUCAUACUCGAAUGGAUGGAGGGCGUCGACAAGAGAGGAAACGAGACCAUCAAGAUGCUCUUCGAUGCGUAUGAUCGGGAGAAGAUCGAGAGCGAUCCGGGGGUGAGGAGCGAUUUGUUCAGAAGGGAGCUGGGGGAUGUCAAGGUGACCGACUUUUUUGGGGGCGUCAGUCAGGUCGAUCUCACGCCCAAGGUGCGGGAGGUGAUGCUCAUGUCAUCGUAA